CCAGCAGCUUAGACCAGCCAAUCCUGUUCUGAAUAUUGAUCCAGAUCUGGUGUAGUUUUCUGUAGCUCAGCUGUCAUGUGACAGGAAGAAGUGGUAUAAGAGUGACCUAUCAGGUUCUCUCACACCUCGUCCCAUAUUGCCUUACACACUCUGUACAUUAUUAAUCAUCUCAUGAGUCUGAAAGAACACCUGCAGCCCGGCAAACAACACCAACAAAGUCACAAUAACGUCUACGAAUUUAUGUGGAGAUUUCUGAACACAGGAGCAUAAAUUUGGCUGAGCUUGACACUAAUGAAUCAGUUGACAUGUUCGCUGCAGCCACUAAGAACUUUGUGAAGCAGGUUGGAGACACAGGGCGGUUGAUUCCUGUCCCAAGCCUGAGCGAGGCAGACCGGUACCAGCCCCUCAGCCUGGUCACUAGGAAGAGGAAGAGGCACUUCUGGAAGAAAACCAAAUAUGCCUCCACACCUUUCUCACUGAAAGACAUUCUAGUCGGGGAAAAGGAGAUCACAGCAGGAGUUUCCUCUUACCAGCUCCUCAACUAUGAGGACAAAUCUGAUGUUGCCCUCAACGGUAGAUUAGGAAACCACAUCAUCAACGAUGUGGGAUUCAACAUCAGUGGAUCUGACUCUGUGGCCGUCAAAGCCUCCUUCGGCAUCGUGACCAAACAUGAGCUUGAGGUGCCCACUUUACUGCGAGAACUCAACUCCAGGAAAGUGGAUCUUGAUCACUGCCUGAUUCGUCAGUCCAAAGAGAGUGGGCGAAGUAUUCUGUGUGUCGUCGUGGAGAGCAUCCGCACCACACGCCAGUGUUCCCUGACUGUUCAUGCUGGGAUGAGAGGGACCACCAUGAGGUUUCAGAUUGACGAUGGCAGAAACCCAAAAGGUCGAGACAAGGCCAUCAUCAUCCCGGCUCACACCACCAUCGCCUUCAGCAUCUGUGAGCUGUACAUUCGAUUGGACGGGCGGCUUGAUAUCUGUGUAACACCCGAGUCCUCUGGUGGAUUUGAGAGGGAGCAGAUCAGGGAGCAGCUUGGUGGUUUCAUCGGACGUGUCUCCUUGGGCCGACUGCGUAGGUUCCUGUCUGGGAUCAUCUACGGAAACCCCUUCAGGGCGGAUGAUCGAACCUUCGAGGAGCUCACGCACUCCGACACCUACAUGGAUGACGUGGUGACUGACUACUACGAGAAAGCUGCCAGUAUGACGGACCUGUCCACCACAUAUCUGAGGGAGGGCUCCCACACCCGCGUUAACCUCCUCAACCACAACAUCCCCAAGGGGCCAUGCGCUCUGUGCGGCAUGGGGAACCAGAAGCGGGAAACAGUCUACGGCUGUUUGGAGUGCUCAUCCGGGAGCCAGAAAUACGUCCGCCUGCACGUGGUGCCCUGCUUCGACCUCUGGCACAAAACGCUGAGGUGAAAGCCUCAUGCUUGUAGCGGAGUUGAAAGUGAACAAAGUUACUGAUCUUUUAUUUCUAACCGGUGUGAGAUUAUUAAUAAAGUUUUGUGGGAAACUGUGAUGUUUUAUAUA